AUGGACAGAGAGUUUUUGUAUAUCGCAUUGCUUUUUUCAGUGUUCAACAUAAUUGGAGCCUGGCGUCCUUUUUAUUUCGCCUUUGAUAAAGUUGAACAUACGAAGAAUGUCCAAACCAUCGGAUUUCUUAACUGUUCAUUUAUACGAACCAAAAGGAACACCGAGACCUUUUGCAUGAAUGCCAACUUAGUGAGGGAUAUGAUAAAGCCCCAAUUGGAUGUACUUAUAAUAGUGGAAGGUUCACAGAAUGAAAAACUUGAAGUGGCCAAUAUUACCAAUAUGGAUUUUUGUUCGUUUCUAGAAGGUAAAGGGGCAUUUAAAAUUAUGGAACUCUGGCGUAAUGAACUAAUGCGCUCUUCAAAUGUGCCAAAGAAAUGUCCCCUGAAAAAGGGAACUGUUCUAAACGUCAACAAGUUUAAUAUAAAUCCCGAUAACUUUCCACCAUAUGUUCCCGAGGCAGGGUUGCGUUUGCAAGCUAUUUUAAAAGAGCGAUCUGUUGUGCUAUUGACUUUGAACAUUCAUGGAGUUGUCAAAUACAAGAAAUCAUCAAGAAUGAGAGGGUAG